AUGUUUAGCUUCGUGCCGCCAGUUGCGGGAAUGUUCGUAUGGAUGAAACUUCAUCUCGACCAAUAUCCCUCGUUUGCCCCAGGAGAUGAAGAUACCUUAGAAACGAAGUCAUGGGCCAAGUUAGCAGAGAAUGGAGUGUUGUUUGGACCAGGAUGGAUUACUGACGCCGGCCACUUCCGCGUCAGUUUCAGCAAUGCCGAGGCUCAGCUCCCGAAGUUCCCCGACCUCAAGAAUCGGUUGUUGUCGAAGUUCGAAGUUCUGCUGCUUGUCUCCAACACAACCGAGACCACAUCACUGCUCUCCUAUCAUCUUAUCAGUCUUUUGAUCUAUUCCACCUGGGCCAGGACUAUAGCACAGGCAAAUUGUGCAAGUCUUGCCUGUGAUUCGAACGUCUCCCGCGGCCGUCGACCCGAAGAUAAUUACAAGUAUGAAGACUAA